AUGACACAGCCUGAAAAGCUUACCCACCACUAUGGAUCCGACCAGGACCCUGCUACACGAUCUUCACCCAGCCUGAUUACCAUGGGCAUAGAGGACAGUAUUUAACCGGUCCGAGACUGUACCCAGACUAAUCACUUAUAUUCUGCUAUCCGGCUUACUGUUACUGCCUUGAUAAUUACGUAGAUUCAGUUUUAGUUUUAUUCUAACCACAUGAGUAUUCUGAUGUUAAAACGUAAUUUAUAAACAGUGCAGAGAAUCAGAUAUAUAAUGCACGCUACUAGUUGACACUCUCUGUUACCAAAUGCAUAACUUUCUACUUGUCGUCAUUGUAAGCAAAUCUCACAAGCCAGAACCAUGGCCAGGACCAUGGCCAAGCUGUAUGUUCAGACACCCCACUCAACUGACAAGCUAUAUAAACUCACAUGCCCAGAUCUGAUCUGGUCUUCACUAGCCCACUAUAAGCACAUACAGAGCAAACACCUGACAUCACUACUGCCAAGCUAAAUGUACUGACCCACAUGCACUAGCUUACUCAUGUCUCAACCAAUGUCAUAGCAUGCUACCUUAAUAUACUUAACUACUCAGAGUCAAAUUACACAGCAAAGCUACAGUAACCUUUAUGCAUUAAUAGUCUCUGACACAUCCAGUUUCAUCCUGUUGGUUACUUUUACUUUUACAAAAAAUUGUGCACAGUAUUUGUUAUGCCAUGUUACCGAUUGUUCAUGUACGGUCUCACAUUGCUAUUGUGGCGUGACAGACCUAACUGUUCAUUCAUGCACGAAUAAAAUAAAGAAUUAAAAAAAACAAACCAAAAAAACAGAUAGUGUAUGUAUGUUUAAAUGUGUGUGUGUGUGUGUGUGUGUAUAUAUAUAUAUAUAUGAUCUAAGUAUAUGUUAUUUAAUUCUUUAACUGUUUUAAACUGAUAUUUUACAUUUUACAGCCAGCAGGGGGACUAUCUGUCAUUCCAGGCAGUCCCCCGGCUGGCAAUGCUGUGGACGGCUAUGCCCAGGAGGGCUGGAUCGGAAGCAGGGGGAUUCCCUGGGAUGCCAGGUGAGUCCCCCUACCGCGAUUGCCGGCGACCGGGUAAGUACUAAGGAAGGCGAGGACGUUAUAUGCUGCCCGCCGGCGUUUAGGACAGGGUCUCCAAGAACGGCAUAGAACUCCCACCAUCGUUAAGGGGUUAAUAGUGUUGGUCUCCUUAUGUGAGAUUUGCAUGAGAAUAAUAAAUAAUGGAGCUAUUUACUAAACAUCUCCCUAAUUUGGUGCCCUUAAAUAUGGCAACCCAACAUAAGUUUACCAGUUUCGGGGGUUAUCAGCUCAACAGUUGUAAGAUGCAGGAUGGGACUCAGAAUUUCUUUAGUCUGAAUUAAACUUUUAUUGGAAAAUAUUGUCUGAAUUUCAUCCAAACCAAACAGUACAAAGGAUGACAGUUGGUUCAGAUAAAGAAAAACACAUUUUUGUCUGCAUACAUUUGGAAGAAUCUUAAUUUUCUGUUGUGUCCAAGUCUAUUGUCCAUCCAGGAAAGAUUUGGUGAUUGGUGAAUUAACCUCAAACUGUUGGUAUGGAAAACGAUCUGAUGUGACUGUUUUCACAAAUUAUUUGUUCGAUUUUUUUACCCUAAAUUUUAUAAUUCAGUUUUUAAUUUACUACAAUUCUAUGUAGGUUUUAUAUAAAAACUGUCACAUUGAUUAACUUUUCUGCCUGUUUUGUGUGAACGUUCCAUUUUCUCAUGUAUAAAACUGUUACUCCAACUUUAUACAUACAAGAUUAUUGUCAGUCUUGUCUUUAAUGCCCCAAAAUGGCAAAUAAACCACAAACGUGUCAAGAAAAUAAAUAAUGCACAACUUUUUAUACAUCUCCCCCAUUGUUUCCAGAGCAGUAUAAUGCAAUAUUGUGGUGACCUACCUGUAAACUUAGUAUCAUAUUGUUCAAAGUCUGAUAACCCUGCUCAUUAAACCAGGUACAGCUGUGUGUGGGGAGGGGUCCUGACUAUAAAGCUAAUCACUAAUGAUACAGAUGUAUCUGGAGCCCUUUCUUGAUCCACACAAGUCAGAGAUCCCAAAAGGUUCCCUGCUGAGAGUUUGUUUUCUGAUCUUUCUCUGAUAAUGGAUACACCAGGUAAGUGAUCCUUGUGUUUUGGAAGCUCACUCUGCAGGGCUUUAUAUACUGAGCAUUAGUAGGGAGUAUCUCACUUUAUAGCUGAUUAAUUCUGUGAUGGUCUUAGAAGUUCCUCACUGACUGUUACUGUUUGACAGAACUCAUCUGUGAUCUUAAAAGGGACACUAUAGUCACCAGAAUCACUACCACUUAAGGCAGUAGUUCUGGUGAUGAAACAUACAGGCUUUGCAAUGUAAAUACAAUGUAUUUCUCUUUUACUCUCUAGUACCACCUCUAGGUGCAGACAUUCAAAUGGCCACUAGAGGUGCUUUCUGUGUCUACCCUCAGUCUCAACACUCUGCAUGGUGAUAGAGGUGUUACUCUAGUACCCAAACACCUGGAUUUAAAACCUAACCAAGCAUUAGAAUCAGUAAUCCAUGUUUCUAUAUCUUACACUAGUGUUCCUUUAAAUAAACUCUCUGGAUUAAAAAUGUCUAAUUCAAAAUUUAACCUCAGCUGACCUGGUGACACACUUUCCUGUUUGGCUAUAUACAUUUAAAAUUGUGCAUAAUGCUGCUGGUAGGGUAGCACACUUUAAAAACCCAGGACAGUGGGACAGAACCUUAAUAUUGCAUACCUCCCAAAUGUCCCUACACUGCCUAAAUUGUUAGGAAGUCUCCUAAAACGUCUUGCAACAGGCCAGCUCCUGGCUACACUGACACCUCUAAAACACGUGUCCUUCUUGGUCCAUUUGAAAUCUUUGCAGAUAAAAAGAACCCUGUAAUGUAGACCAAAAGAAAUGGCUCCUGUCUGGAGCUCUGGGUUCUGGAAGGGUUGUUUCCUGUGCUGCUGGGGUCUUAUUGAACCGUCUUAAAUCCAAUUUAAACCUUCAAUAUCUAGGCAUAUGACUUAAAUCCCUUGCAGUUGCACUUUCAUAUUGUGUUGUGGACUACCAAUAGUGGCUAUAACCUCUUCCUAUUGACUUCCAGAUACCCUCCUGUUUGCUGUGAAGGAUUAUGUUGCCAGAGCUGGAUUACCACCCAAGAAUCUUCUGGAUAACUUUGAUGCCAGAUCUAGCAUUGUAGGGAAACUGAAUAAUGUCAGUAAGAUUGCCUUUAACCCAGAAGGGGUGCUGUUUGCUGUGCGUGGUAAAGAACUCUUCAUGGGAGCUAUGCCUUCAGAUCCAAACCUUGACUUUUUCUCUACUGCCAAGAGAGUGGGCAAAACUGACUGGGAAGGGUUUAAAUUAAUCUUCUUUGAUCCAAAUGGCCUUCUGUAUGCAUCUACCAAGAAUGGGGAGUUCUACAAGGGUCCAGCACCAAGCAAUGAAAACGUGUCCUGGCUUUAUGGCCAAGCCACCAAAAUAGGAACCAGUGGCUGGCAUGAAUUUGAUGCCCUUUUCUUUGACCCUAAAGGCAUCCUGUAUGCAGUGACCAGUGACGACAAGCUUGUGAUGAGAAGCCCUCCAACCAAACCAGACGAUAACUGGCUUGCCUCCAGCACAACCAUUGGAAAAGGAGGCUGGCGCAUUCUGACCCAUUUCAUGGCUUUCACCCUAGAGUCAGACCUGUGGUGUGUGGAUUCAAAGAAUGGCAACAUCUAUAAAGGACCAGCACCGACCAAGGCUGAUACCAACUACAUUGAAAAGGCAGAGAAACUGGGCUGGGGUUACAAUGUCUACCCCCUCCUUUCCUUCACCAUUGAUAAAACCAUCCAGAGUAUUGUGAGCUUUGAAUUCCUGCCAGAUUCAGGGAAAAUCCUAUCCCAAGGCACAGAGGUGGUGCAGACCCAGAUCUAUAACAACAAGAGCAGCACUCCAUUAAAGCACACCUUCUCGUAAGUAAUGGAAACCUCAAUCUCAUCCACUCAGGGAUCCCAAUUUCAACUUGCCACUGGCGAGUGACCGCUUCAGCUGUGGCAAGCAGAAAUUCACCCUCAGUGUUCCAUGGAUCCUUCAGGCUUGCCCUCCCCCCCGCCCCCCCAAUAAAGAGUUGGAGGCAUAAUUUUCCAAUUCUCCUUUUUGAAGGAGACACUGAUAUAAUCUGGUGUGCCCCUAGGAAAGGGUGGUCAAAUCCUUUCUGGAUUGUCCCAGGCUAUUCUCAUUCUCUCUCAAUAUAUUAAUGUGAAGGGUUUGUCUUUUUAGCUUCUCCAAGACCAUAACUGAGAGCAGCACUUUCAGCCAGGAACAUGGAUUCACAGUGGCUGUUGGUGCAGAGAUGUCCUUCAAAGCUGGAGUCCCAUUCAUAGGAGAAAUGGAGACCAAGAUUUCCAUCAAUGUGAGCACAACUCAUACCUGGAAUUUUGCCAAGACCAAUGAAAUCCAGGUAAGGGUGGAUUAAAUAAUGGUAUCAAUAUGUAUGUUCAGAUAUGGUAUAGUUUGUUUAGAACAUGCUUUGGGUUAUUGGAGGGGAAGCAACAGGCAUGGAAUGUGUCCUGGCUCUACAUGUCACUCACUAGCUAAUACCUAAUACAAGUUAUGGUUUCCUUGACUCUCAUCUCGGACAAAAGGGACUGUUUGUAAAUUGAGAAAGGGCUGCGUCCCAAAACAGUCCUAUUUUAUUUUUACUCCAACAUUGAAAGCUAUGGUAGCACACUAGCACCAUAUAUUAACCUUUGCACAUCUACACUCACAGCCACAGAUAUCCUUUGUUAUAUUGGAGCAGCUGUAACAAGCCACCCAUUUAACAAGAACAGAGCUUAAGCCUUACUGGCCAGUCUGUACACUAUUGCCCAACCUUUACUUACAAGAGGUCAAACAAUAGAAAUAGCCUAAAGCUGUAUCAUGCUUUUUGACCCUUCUCUCAACCAGUUAAUUUGUGCAAUAAAUGGGUAUUCUGUACAGGUAACAUGUUCUUGACUAUUCAUGAUGAAAUAUUGCUCCUGCCAGUAUCUAACCAUCUGACUUCUUCUGCAGACAACCUUCUCAUCCAGCACAGAUGUGGAGGUACCAGGAGGGCAUUCAAUACGUAUGGUCGCAUCUGUGACCAAGGGAGAAAUGGAUGUACCGUUCCGUGCCAAGAUCCGCACCUUGUUUGGCUAUGAGACCAUGAUACAGGGAAUGUGGAAAGGGAUCAGUCACUAUAACUUGAUGGUCACCCAGGAAGACUACAAACCAUGA